AUGUCACCACCCGACAGACAGCACACCGCCGCGACUCACCACAGCCCCGCUCUCACGCGCGGACGCCAAAUACAGCCCCGCCAACAGCCUAUCACCACCCGCCUCCCCCCUCCACUUCUUGCUCUCUCAUUGGCGAAAGGAUGUGGGGUGUGCGCUCCAGGUCUCCUCCUCCCUGGGCGCGAUCGGCGCUCUGCGCGUGACUCGGUCACGUGCGCCGCCUCCCCUCAGUCAGCCAAAGGCGUGCGGACUCCUGCCCGCUUAUCUUCCCCUCAGGCCACACUCCGCUGUGGCUGCUCGGGCGGGAGGCGCUGUUGGCGCCGCGCUGUGGCCCGCCUGCCCACCGUUCUGAGGGGUCAGGAGCUGUUCCCUCGCCUUCUCUCGGCUGCGAUCUUCCACACACAGUUGCCCUGUUUUCCUUCAGUUUUAUUUGAGAUACCAUUCUACAAAUCAGGAUUAUGUGAAGCAUAUGUAGAAAGACAAGGAGCUACUCUGGCAGCACCACAAAAAGUUAAUCCAGCCAUCCUCCAAAACUGUCUCUCCUACACGCUCACAGCCAGACUUACGCCUAAGUGGAACAAGGCUGGUCAUCUCCUGGUGCAAGGAAGAGAUUUUUUGUCUCAAACAGGAAGGCAAAAUGCAAUUGUUCUAGACAUCAAUGUAUCAGAAAAGCAGCUUUGCAUCAGUGUGGAGGCUUGCUCAGUCCGGUUACCACCCCCCGAGCUGGAAGAUUUUGAUAUUUCGGCUAACACCAUAAAGCUGUUUGAAAGCAAUGAAAACACAGUUAUUGAUGGUCAUUCCAUAUUAACUAACUGGUGCUAUGUUUUGCCAAGCAUGAAAAUGGGUCAGAUCAUAAACAUCAGCCAUAGAAUUCCUCCAGGAUCUCCUUUCCACUCAUAUGAAGAAUUUCAGAUGCACUGGAAGAAUCUGUAUGGAUAUAUUCUUCCAGAGAAUACUGAGGGGAGAGAAAUAUACUUGAGUGUUUACUUCAAGCCAAUAGGGGAAAGGUUAUUUACGUACCCUCUAAGAUGCAUUCGGAGUCAUCCAGUGCAGUAUUUCCCUAGAACAGAUUCAGAAAGUGUAUUGAAUUCUUUUAUUUCUGACGCAAAGGCUAAGUUUUCACAUCUGUGUGGAUUUCCAGUAAGGAUGUCAAGCAAAGCACUUUAUGCUACACAGGAACUCUCCCGAACCCCAGUGUGUGAAAUACAGUCUGAGUCUAUGAAAUUGGCUGGAGAGAUGGUUUGUGUAGUAUCCCUGACCCAAACACCUCCAAGGAAACAGGCUUUGGCUAGCUUUUCUUCCUCACGCAGUAAGGAGAACAGCCACUGGAUGGAGCAUUUGAUCAAAGAGCCAAAACCGCACACUUUCUCAAGUAGCAAGAAAAGUGCAGAAGAGAUCAGCGUUGAAGCAACUGAGAAAUUAAUCAGUAAGCAAAUACCUGGAAUAUCAGAGCUACCGCUUUGGAAGUCCUUAGGAGUGCCUGGAAGCUCUGCCUUUAAACACCCUCCAAAAAAGAUUAGUAAGAUUAUACCAAUUUUCAAACGAAGGUUGACACAGAUGAAUGGAAACACCACAAAUCAAACUGAUGGGAAGGAAAGAAAAAAUGUUGAAAGACAAUCACUGGUAAAAUGUGCUAGAUCUACUAUGUUGACUGCUUGCAAGUCCAGCUUAGCUGGGGUUUAUAAGACUGCUACUCACAGCAGCUCACUUCAGACAAUUACUGAGAAAGCAUGUAUAAAACAAGAUGUAUCUGUAUUUCAGUGGAAAACAGAGUCUAGUGGACAAAUGAUUAAUUCUGACUCUUCCAGUAACUCAGCUGCAGGUUGGAGUUCGUGUGAAGUCAGUCACAAUAAGGCAAACUCUCCUUCACUGCAUAAGAAUGUUAGGUCAGCGCUUCAGAAAUCUGAUAUCAGUCCAAAACUAAAUACAUUUGCAUCUUCCACUUCCAAUUCAAGAGUGAGAAAAAAUUUUGCAAGUCAAAAUACCAUACAAGUUCUUAGGAAACAAUGCCAGUCGAAGAAAGUACAUUUGCAGAAUUGUAAAUUAGAGAAUGAAGUGAGAAAUUCCAGUUUAUUACAGCAACAAACAAAGAAAUCAAAUGAAGGACGAGGGUUAAAUAUUCAUGAAUCCAUCUUAAAUGAUACAGUGUGCAUUGCCAAAAAUGAUGAAAGCAAAGCAUCCUACUGUUCUAAGAACUGUAUUGCUAAGACAACCUGUCUUCCUUCCAACUCUGUCUGUGAACAGGUACAGUAAAGAACAGUCACUAUCACUGGUUCUCACAAAAUAAGCAUAUUCUGAAACAACACUGAGCGAUAACGAGGGUGACUUUCAUCAUGUUCUGCCAUAAUUCUCAAUAUAAUUGUCUAAAAUUAUCUAAAAUUUCUACCACACGUAUUAAUGUUUUGAACCAGUGUUGUUCUGGAAGGGAAGAUGAUUUACUUUGACCUCUGAGACAGACAGUUUUUUUUUUUUUAAUUUCAGGCUUUUAAGGUGGAAUAACUAGUUUCAAUUUCUUUAAAACUGUCUAUCUAACUUUCUAUCAGUCUAUCAAGAUUUGUUUAAGGGUGAAUUUUUCAGUGUUCAGUCACUGUAAAACCAUAUCAAUGAGCAGUCUCUGGAAGGAAUCUCAAACCUCAUUGUUUGUGUGGUACUGACUGCAGAGUAUAUAAAGCAGUGCUCUGUUAGACGAACAUGGAAGGUUUUGCAAAUAUGAGUUUAAUCUAAAUUUUGCUAAAAGUACAAAUCACAACACAAAGGAUUCCUCCUUGGUAUAAGGAAAAUAAUCUCCAGAGUGAGUGUAGUUAAGCACUGGAAUAAGUUGCAUGAAGAAAUAGAACUAUUAUCUGUUCAGUUUGUUAAAACAUGACUGGGUGAGGCCCAAAGUAAUGUGAUCUAACUUUGAAGUUAUCACUGCUUUAAGUAAAAGUUGCAACUAGAUGACCUCAAGGCAUUCUCUACAAUCCUAAUUUUCUGUGAUUCUUACUGUAUUUUGAUAAUACAAAUAGCUAAGCUGAUUUUAGUACAAUUUUUAUGGGAAUGAUGUCCUGCAGAUAGGAUACAUGGAUGAAAUGUGUUGUGCUUCUGUUUUCACCUAUAAAAUGUGAUGUGUUAUGUCCUGGCAUUUUUUACCGUUCCAUGUGCACAGUUUUUUAGACUUGUUAGUUCCUAAGUGCCAAACCACUGGGAACUAAGGGGCAUAAGAUUUUUUUUGCCAUCUAACAGACACAUUUUAGCUUCUAGAGUGACAAGACAUGAAGCAAUUUCUAAACAGGGUAAGUCAGGAUAUCAAGAUGAAACCUGGUUUGAGGAGUAGUGAGAUUAUAAUUCACGCUGCUAGUGGUAGACAUUACAAAUACUUGUUGGUGAGAUCUGAUUGACAAAAUACUGUUGGUGGGUUGUUUUUUUUUCCAAUGAAUGUAUAACCUUCCAUACUUUAAGAUGUCAGAUAUUUGU